UGUCUGUUUACUAUUUUUUUUUAAAAAAAGAUUUCUCUUAUGACCUCUAUUUCAUAAUGCUGUAGCAACUUUCAAUUUUUUUUGAAAACCCCCUAUUUCGACAGGUGGACCAUCUGAACAGAAUCUGACCAAUCUGACCAAGAAUUUUCACACAUUUUAUUGUGUUUUAAGGAGCUGCCUAGAUAAUGGAAAUUUAUCACGCUGAUCUAUUAUAAACACUACACUGGAGCUCUCAUUAUAAUAAGAAAAUAUGUGUGGCUUUUCCUUGUUUUUUCGUAACUUACGCCUCUGUGAUUGCUAAAACUCCUAAGAUAUGGGUAACAAUGUGGAUACGAUGGCAGCACACGUGGAAACAGCUAAAAAAACCCGAGUAUUGAAUUGCUCUGGGCGAAAACUUAAAGAGGUUCCAGUGGUUGUAUUGAGUCUUGCUACGACUGUGAGAACCAUAGAUUUGUCAAGAAACAGGCUUUCAAAAAUACCUCCUGCUCUGGGAAGAUUUACAGAACUCAAGCAACUCAAUGUUGAGAGAAAUGAAAUAGAUCAAUUAGCGAAUGAAAUGUGUGGAAUGAAAAAAUUGGAGAGCUUGCAAUUAGGUUUCAACAGGAUUCGAGAGAUCCCUAAAUCAUUUUCACAAUUGAAGAAUUUAAAGUCCGUUUACUUGCAAAGCAACGACUUUCGGUCAUUUCCAAUGUGUUUAUGUGAACUAAAACAACUUGAUGUUGUCGAUUUGUCGGAAAAUAAAAUCCGGGAACUGCCGCAAGACAUUGAGAAGUUACAGUGUAUUGAAUUGAAUAUGAACGCUAACCAAUUGAGCAGUUUGCCUGUUUCGUUGAGUUCGUGUCCAAGACUGAAGGUCCUACGGGUUGAAGAAAACCUAUUGGAGUUAUCUUCGAUAACGAGUGAUUUUCUUAAGUCUUCCCAAAUAUGUGUUUUGGCCGUCGAUGGCAAUUUGUUUCGAACGAAAGAAUUGAACGACAAAGAUGGGUAUGAUGAGUACAUGGAAAGGUUUACAGCGAAUAAGAAAAAGUUCUUCUGACGUUGUUAUGGAAACUGUCUGUUGUGAAGAAAAAUGCAAAACAACGACGUCAGAUGGAACGAAUGAAGAAUGCGUAUAGUUAGAUAAAUAAAUAUACUUUUGAAAUACGUGGGUAUACACAGUUUUAUGUUUCGUAAAUCUGUUUCGCAGAUUCUUGCCUUAAAGUGUUUAAGAUACCAAAUUUUACCAUAGUUCCAUUUGAUUUCUUUGUAAAGGCAAUUUAAAAUGACUUGAUAACUUGUUUAAUAGAAUUAUGUUGUUUUAUUUCGUUUUGGAGCUAUGUAAACUUUCUUCAAUAUACAAAUGACAUCGUUAUGACAUCGCAUUGCAUAGUAAGCAUUAGGAAAAACUAGUUUUGCCUUCAAUCGUAUCUUUACAAAUAUCCAUCUAUACAUUUAUUCGUUUGUAAAUGUAGAUCGUCCAGGUUGGUAUAGUCCUGGGAAGGACUGUUUUUGUUGUUGUUGACAAAAAAUAGCGAUGUUGAAAAUUAGCGAUCUUUAAAAGGUCAUUAUGAUCUGUGCUGUCAUAACGAUGUCAUUUUCAUAUAAAAGGGAUAAAAUUUCGUAUCACAAACACGUUAAAUUUCUGAUGGGGAAUGAUUAUAUGGGGGAUUUGGGCAAGCGCCUGCGAUGUCUGCAGAGUAUGAGAUCGAAAAUGACGUAAUCUCCAGGAAGAAGUUACAUUGAGGCCCCGUUUACACUAUACCGAAUUGCUAUCGUAGCAGGUUGAUUAUUCUUUGUAUUAAAAGGCAGUGAAAUUGUUCAACGUCAGAAGCACAAUCAAAUAGACUAAAUCUAUCAGCUUAAUAAGCUUUUACUCCGUACAGUUACCACUUUAAAGCAAAUGAAGAUGUCGUGAUGAGCGAAUCCGGUAUAGUGUAAAGGCAGCCUGAAUGAAAAUGGACAAGGAUAAGUAUUGCACGAAGUCCUUUUGUCGAGAUGGCAACGAACUAUUUAGCCUAUGUAAAUAGACUCAAAGACAGGCACUGGAAACAGCAUUUAUGAACAGAAACGUUUCGCGUAUAACAUUAUUUUAAAAUUGUUACUCCCUCUUGAGAGAGUAACAAUUUGUGUGAUGUAGGGUUGUACGAUGAUAAUUUUAACAAUUUUCAUGAUUCAGCUGUAAUUUAUCCUUAGUUAAAGACCUUUUAACGCAAUAAUAUGUACAAAUUGCGUCAACUUUA